AUGACUGAGAAACUGAAGGCAAGAACGGUCUCAAUGAUUUGGAAGGAGGAUCUUGAACACUACAUGCGCGAGUUCCAGGACAGCGCUAUCCUUUUGGCGUUGGUGGACCACAGAUACCUGUUUCGCUAUAUCAGCGUGGGCCUCCCUGGCAAGUGCCACGAUUACAAUGUGUAUGGGCGAUAUCCGUUGGGGCAUCUGCUCGAGAACUACCAGGUUAUCGUGCCAAGAAGCAAUGGCGACACAGAGAUACCACUCGUCAUCCAAUGCGAGCAGUCAUUCUCUCUCACCAGGAACCUGACAAAGCCUUUCCCCCCCAGUUUGGAUCACCUUCAGGACAAAAGUUACUACAACAACGCCCUCUCCAAAGCCAAACGUGUUGUGGAGAACGCAUUUGGGCGUCUGAAAGCUCGGUUCAGGAUCAUCCUCAAGCGAAUGGAGGUCCGCAUCGACAAUGCCAAUGCUGUUGUCCAAGCGUGCUGCAUACUACACAACGUCUGCGAGACGCUCAACGACAGCGCGGAGAAGCAGUGGGUCCAAGAUGCCCGGAAAGUCGAGGAGGUCGACAAGCUGGAGCAGUCGAGCCACAAGACCAAGGCCUAG